GAAAGCUGUCUCACGUAGUACUCUUUACCACAAUGGCGAAUUGCAGUAAACAAAGUACUGUCGUGUUUACUAUCGAUACAAAUAUCUUGUAAACAUUGUAAAUAUGGAUAAGUUUGACUUAGUCCUCGUAUUUCUCUGGUGUAGAAAUCACUUGACCUUGUUGGCUUGCUGAAGACUUUCAUUUUUAGUCGUUGAACAGAUUGUAUUUUCCCGGCUGUACCAGAUUUUAUAGGUUAAGGCACUUGACGUUUUAAGAUUAUCUACCAGAAUUCUUGAAAGUUUUCGAAAUGGCAGCUCCAGAAGCAAGCCAAGUGAGCUCUCUACCCCUUCCACCGAUGCAGUACAUUCAGUUGUACUCGGAAGAUAAUAUUCGUCGAAAUCGAAAUCUACGACCGCCGCCUCCAAUUCAGGACAAUUAUUCUAUGUUUGGAAACGCUUUCAAUGCCGAUGACUUAAUUAUUCGCCCGCUCGAGUCCCAGGGCUUUAAACGGUUGUAUCCUCAACACUUUGAUCGGCGGAGAGAGUUACGAAAGCUAAAUCACUCGCUCCUUGUUAACUUUCUGGAUCUGCUGGACCUGCUUGUCAUGUGCCCAGACUCUCCUCGGCGUGCUGAAAAAGUUGAAGAUCUUAAUUUGCUCUUCAUUCACAUUCAUCAUUUAUUAAAUGAAUUCCGACCGCAUCAGGCUAGAGAAACACUAAGAGUUAUGAUGGAACUUCAAAAACGGCAGAGAAUUGAAACUGCAACCCGCUUCCAGAAGCACUUGGACAAGGUUCAUGAACUACUGCAGCAGGCAUUGCACAAUCUGCCUGAUUCCUCUGAGACUGAUUCCAAACUUCUAGUGCCAACUGAAGCUUUUGAGGACAUGGAUACAUCAGAUGAAACCAAGAGAGACUCUGAAGCAGUCAAUCCUCUUGAUAGACUAAUGUGUGAUAUUGUAGAUAACUUAUAACCAAAGUAUCGUAAGUUAAAAAGUUCAUUGAUGAGCUAAUUUUAGACUUGAAUCUUUUCUGAAAAGAACAUCCCUUGAGAUCUUCUUACUUUGGGUCUUGUGGAGCAGUAAUGCAACCAUCUGUAAUUCUUUUGGAAUUGAAGUCUUGCCUAUCAGAGAGAAAAUUGGAAGCUGGCUUGUGUACAUAUUUUGAGGUUGUAUCAUAGGGAGGUUCAGGGAACACAAUUAUUUCCUGUUCAGUAGUUUGUAUUUUAAUGGCUAUUGUUUCUUAUCUUAUUACUUGUAAUUAUUAUAUUUGUUCUCAUGAUAGCUUUUAUUAUUUCUAUCUACAAAAUAUGUCUUAUCUUUUUUACAUAAGGCUGAUGGUAAUUAACUGACAAUGUAAGUGGAGAAUUUCAGAAUAUUAAUUAUUAUUUUCAAAUUAA